UAAAAUAAUUGUGAUUAUUGCGCAAACUACUGUAAUUUUGAGUGAUGUGAAUUUUAAAUUAAGUGUUUCGAUCCAUUUUAAUCGCAAUCAGUGUUGAAAAAAUAAAGAUGAGUGAAAAUUUAGCAGAUCUUGAAAACGAUAUUGAAAUGCUGAAUUCUGAAGUCCCUUUCGAUAAUCUCGUCAUAUUGAAAGAAUUCGGAAACAUCGUAAACCUUGUCAAAGAUGAAGAUUUUUUGGAAACUGUACCUAAAGCAAAAUUGCGACGUGUAAAAUGGUUACCCAUGUUUAAUUGCUUAAAACAGGGUAUAUUUGAUGAAAUGGUACAAGAAAUCAGUAAUAUGUGGGAAUAUGAAAGUAUGCCUGAAAAAUUAGAAAUUCUUGAAAAGCAGAAGGAGAAGUUUAAUGAUGUUGGAGACGGCAAAAAAUUAUGGAGGCCACAAUUAGGAGAUGUGAAAGCACAAAUGAAAGCCAGUGAUGUACAAAAUUUGCAAAACCAAAAGUCUCUACUUGAAUCCUUAGCUAAAGAAUAUGAAAUGAGGGUCAAUAGGUUGAAGAAUGUUAUUUCUGCCAAAAGAGGCUAUUUAAAAGCUUUACAACUGGACUUACAGAAGUAUAAAAAAAAAAAUGAAGAUUUCUUCAGUAAAAUCAGCAAAAAGUUAGAAUGUCAUGAUACUUUUGUAAGUGAUAUGGGCAACAAUAAGAUAAAUGUAGAAGAAGAAAGUUGGACAGACAAAGACUUACAUUUUGAUGAAAUAAAGUGAUUGCAUAAUAGAUUGAAUAAAAUAUAUUUCAGAAAUUUGUACAUGAACAAGUUACAAUAAAGUCUAGCAAUGAAUUUUUCAAAGAGUAGGUGAAAGAUGUGCAGAGCAAAAUAUAUCGAGAAUAGCAAUAGCAUUAC